GACUGUCAUGGAUCAUCCAGACAAUGCGGAGACCUUGCCCGUGGCAGCGGACACUCUGGCGGAUGAGCUGGCUUCCCCAACUAUCCCGUCUUCUGCGCCUGAGAGCACGUUGCUUGCGAUCUGCGACGACAAGGUCUCUGAGGAGCAGCUUGGCACUUUCAACAUGUUUCCUUUGGAUGCCACGGAUGGCGCGGCAAAGGACGGCGCGGCAAAGGAUGGCGCGGCAAAGGAUGACUUCAUCCUCACCAACAGCAUUCAGCGCGCGCAGAAGGACAAAAAAAAACAAGCUCAGAAGGAGGGGCGCAAAGCGAAAGCGCUGGACAAGGAAGCCAAGACAGCAGGCCAAAAAAAGUCUGCCAAAGCCAAAGCCAAACCACAGCUGACCACACCCAACUGCAAAGGGCAGCCUGCAGCCGGCGCCCCGCCCAAGACUUCAGACCCGGACUUGGCCCCCAGCAACGCAGCAGCCAGCAAGGGCGCAAAGCGCAAGAGCGAGCAGCUUGUGCCCAAAGACCAGCAGGACAAGCUGAGGGAGUAA